AUGAAGUGGGUAAAGUUUGUUGGUAGCCUUAAACACUCACUUUUCAAAGCAGCAAAGAAUAAGAUAUUCCCUUCUUACACUCUCAUUGUCUCUAAGAAUCCAUCCGCCGGAGACUUCACAACAAUUCAAGAGGCCAUUGAUUCUCUUCCCUUUAUCAAUCUUGUGAGGGUGAUCAUAAAGGUCCGUGCUGGAGUUUACACAGAAAAGGUGAUUAUAUCUCCAUUAAAAUCCUUCAUAACAAUAGAAGGAGCUGGAGCAGAUAAAACAAUUGUUCAAUGGGGGGACACUGCUCAAACACCAGGGGCUAGAGGACAACCUUUGGGAACCUACAGUUCUGCUACUUUUGCUGUGAAUGCCCCAUAUUUUGUUGCCAAGAACAUCACAUUCAAGAAUACGACACCACUCCCGGCACCAGGAGCCAUGGGAAAGCAAGCGGUUGCAUUUAGAAUAUCGGCAGAUACAGCGGCUUUCUUGGGGUGCAAAUUUUUGGGAGCGCAGGACACCCUCUAUGAUCAUGGGUGUCACGUGCAUGCAAUUGCUGAAUUGAGUGGAGCCGUGACAGCACAAGGCAGGAGUAGUCUUCUAGAAGACACUGGGUUCUCAUUUGUGAACUGUAAGGUGACGGGAUCAGGUGCUCUUUACCUUGGAAGGGCAUGGGGUUCCUUUUCUCGCGUGGUCUUUGCUUAUACUUACAUGGACAACAUUAUCAUUCCCAAAGGCUGGUAUAACUGGGGAGAUCCUAACCGCGAAUUGUAA